AUGCCCCGCCGAGGGGGGCUGCCGGCCCCCGCCGCCGCCCGCCGGCCCCCCCCGCUCCUCCGCCUCCUCCUCCGCCUCCUCCUCCUAGCCGCCCCGCUGCAGCCCGGCAGAGGUCUCAACCUGUGCACGAGUGGAAGCGCCUCAUCCUGCGAAGAGUGUCUCCUCAUCCAUCCCAAGUGUGCUUGGUGCUCCAAAGAGGAGUUUGGCAGCACGAAGUCCGUCCCAUCGCGGUGUGACUUCCUGCAGAACCUCAUUGCCAACGGUUGUGCCGGCGCCAUCGAGAACCCACGCAGCAGCAGCAGCGUGAUGAAGAACAUCCCCUUAAGCAGCAAGGGCUCUGGACAAAGCCACCUGGAUGUCACACAGAUCACUCCGCAGAAGGUCGCCCUGAGUCUUCGUCCUGGUGACAGGACCUCCUUCCGAGUUCAGGUCCGGCAAGUGGAGGACUAUCCUGUGGACCUGUACUACCUGAUGGAUCUCUCCUUGUCCAUGAAUGACGACCUGGACAAUAUUCGCAAUCUGGGGACAAAGCUGGCUGAAGAGAUGCGGAAGCUCACUAGCAAUUUCCGGCUGGGCUUUGGCUCUUUUGUGGACAAAAACAUUUCUCCUUUCUCCUACACAGCACCAAGAUACCAAAACAAUCCCUGCAUUGGGUAUAAGCUGUUCCCAAGCUGUGUCCCUUCAUUUGGUUUCCGCCAUCUCUUGUCCCUGACUGACAAAGUUGAUCGUUUCAAUGAAGAAGUGCAGAAGCAGAAGGUGUCCCGGAACCGGGAUGCACCAGAGGGUGGUUUUGAUGCAAUUUUGCAGGCUGCUGUGUGCAAGGAGAAGAUCGGCUGGCGGAAGGAAGCAUCCCACCUGCUGGUCUUCACCACGGAUGAUGUGCCCCACAUAGCUCUGGAUGGGAAGCUGGGGGGGCUGGUGCAGCCCCACGAUGGCCAGUGCCACCUGAACGAGGCCAAUGAGUACAGCGCGUCCAGCCAGCUGGAUUAUCCUUCCCUGGCACUCCUUGGGGAGAAACUGGCUGAAAACAACAUCCACCUGAUUUUUGCUGUUACGAAAAGCCAUUAUGUCCUGUACAAGAACUUCACUGCUUUGAUUCCUGGGACCACGGUGGAGAUUUUGCACAAGGACUCCAAGAAUAUCAUCGAGCUGAUUGUCAAGGCCUACAACAGCAUUCGGUCCAAAGUAGAACUCACUGUGUGGGACAGCCCUGAGGACAUUGGCUUGACCUUCACUGCCACCUGCCAGGAUGGAUUGUCCUACCCUGGGCUCAGAAAAUGUGGGGAUCUCAAGAUAGGAGAUACGGUUUCCUUUGAGGUGUCAGUGGAGGCCCGUGGCUGCCCUGCUGAGGACACCUCCCAUGUCUUCACCAUCAAGCCAGCUGGCUUCCGUGAUACACUGGAAGUGAACGUCACCUACAACUGCCUCUGCGGCUGCACCGGCCAUGCGGAGCCAUCCAGCAGCAAGUGCAGCAGCAAUGGGACCUAUGCCUGCGGGCUGUGCGAGUGUGAUGCCGGCUACCUGGGGGCCCGCUGCGAGUGUGAGGAGGGAGCCGGCGGGGAGACCCAGCCUGGGCUGUGCCGUGAGGUGGAGGGAAAGCCCGUCUGCAGCGGGCGGGGGGAGUGCAGCUGCAACCAGUGUGUGUGCUAUGAGAGCGAGUUUGGGAACAUCUAUGGGCCCUUCUGUGAGUGCGACGACUUCUCCUGCGCCCGGUACAAGGGAGUCCUCUGCUCAGGCCAUGGGGAGUGUCACUGUGGGGAGUGCAAGUGCCACACGGGCUACAUCGGGGACAACUGCAACUGUUCCACCGAGACCGCCGGCUGCGUCUCCAGCGAUGGGCAGAUGUGCAGCGGCCGCGGCAACUGCAUCUGUGGGAGGUGCCAGUGCACCGAGCCUGGGGCGUUCGGGGAGACCUGUGAGAAGUGUCCCACCUGCCCAGGGGUCUGCAGCACCAAAAGGGACUGCAUUGAAUGCAAGCUGUUUAACUCAGGAAGACUGGAUAACCAAACCUGCCAAAAGCACUGCAAGGAUGAGCUCAUCACCACUGUGGAUGUUCUCAAAACGGAUGACCCCAACGCAAUCCUGUGUGCCUACCCGGUGAACAACUGUGUCAUGAAGUUCACCUACUCGGAGCUUGCCAAUGGGAAGUCCAACCUCACCGUCCUCAAGGAGCCAGCAUGCAGCUCAGCCCCCAGUGCUGUGACCAUCGUGCUGGCUGUCAUUGGCAGCGUGGUGCUGAUUGGCACCAUCCUGCUGGGUCUCUGGAAGCUGCUUGUCACCAUUCAUGACAGGAGGGAGUUUGACCGAUUCCAGAGCGAACGCACCCGGGCGAGAUAUGAAAUGGCAUCCAAUCCUCUCUACCGAAAGCCCAUUUCUACACAUAAUGUAGAGUUCACGUUCAACAAGCUCAACAAAUCUUACAACGGUACAGUUGACUGAUCAGGUCUCAGCACGAGGGACCGCUGUGGACAAUUGCUUGACUGUAUUUGCUGCUUCUCAACUUGAAGACGGGAUCCUCUUCAGGGAAGAAAAUACUUUACAACAGGACUGGUCGAUGACACGAGCCUGUUAUUUGCACAGUAAGGAGAAAAGCAGCGUGUGCUGUCUGAUCUGGGACAUGCCGAUGCCAUGGCAGGCUCACCACUUGUGCUUGUGGAUUCUGAGCCCUGUGACUCCACAGCCCAGGUUUCUGGAUCUAUGAAACCUGCCAACGAAGAGAACCAAGUGCCACAUUGCAGCUUUAGACAUAUCCCAUCCCACUAUAAAGGGUGAGUAGGCCAAAAUCAGGGGAAGUCACGGCAUUGCAGGUUGGGAGGGGGGAAUUAGCUUAAAAAGAGGAGGGUGUUGGAAGCAUUUGUGUAAGAAAUUAGGAUACAUGAGUUCUGCAGUCUUUAGAUUUUUUUUUUUUUAUAUAAAAACAAAAUAAAACUAUUGUGCAUA